AUGGUUGUUUUAAUUUUGGUAACCACAACUGUCGUAUCGACGAGAUAUAGCUUACUAAACAAAUUUCUCAAAGAAGAGGUAUUUAAAAAAAUAAAUCAAAUGCACUAUAUGAAGUGUCUACAACAAUUAGAAGGAUAUCUUAAGGAUUUACAUGUGAGUGUAGUAACCUUGAAUAAAAUCACAGGCAAAAUUAUGCUGGUAUUACUGAUUUUGGCAUUUGUAGCUGUGAUAACUGUAGUUGACGUUGCUAUAUUAAUUUUUAAGGCACCUGUAGUAAACGCUUCGGAUGUUAAUCAAGUUGCAGGAGGUUUGGCGGAUAGCAUCAUGCUAGUCUGGUUUACAUUUUGGAAUGAUGAGGCAUAUAAAGUGGAUAAAACGUCUUUUAUAUUUUUCGUGGUCUUUUGGAUAUUGGGAUGGAACCAAAUUUUGGGGAUUGUUAUUUUAAUUUGGACAACUACAGCUGUAGUAUCGACGAGAUAUAAUUUACUAAACACAAUUCUUAAAGAACAGGUGUUCGGGAAAAGUAACCAGAUGCUAUCUAAGCAGUUUGUAAACCAAUUUGAAGGUUAUCUAAAGGAUUUGCAUCAGUCUGUAGCAACUUUUAAUAAAAUUACAGGCAAAAUUAUGUUGGCGUUACUGAUUUUAGCAUUUGCGGGUGUAAUAACAUUUUUUGAUUUGGCUAUAUUAAUUUUUAAUAAGUCAGGUUUGGUAGAUUCAACAUUGGUUGAUGAAGUUGCAGGAGGAUUAGUUGAAAGCAUUAUCUUAGUCGUUUCGGGAAUAGUUAUUUUAAUUUGGGCAACUACGAAUGUAUUAUCAACGAAAUAUAGUUUACUUAACAGAUCUCUUAAAAAAGUGUUAUACGAAAGAAGUAAUUUAAAUCUACAAAAUUUUGAAGGACAUCUUAGAGAUUUGCAUAUGGCUGCGGCAGCUUUUAAUAAUAUUAUUGGCAAAAAUAUGAUGGCAUUAUUAAGUUUGGCAUUUAUGGGUGCAAUAACCUUUUUGGAUUUUUCAGUAGUGCUCGUUAGUUCAUCUUCGCUAAAUUCAUCGAAUAUUGGUGGAAUUGCAGAAGGCCCAAGGCAUAAGGCUCAGACUUUUGACAUGACGUUAUGGGGGAAGCCAAUUAAAACAGAAAGCCUGCGAAAAUUUAAUAAUUUUUACAAGGAAUAUGAAACUCUACACCCAGUAAAUAAAUCUCUAGAAUCACCAAGAAACAAAAAGAAAGUAUCUGAAUAUGAUAAAGAUGAAGACUUAAUAGACUUUGAGAAACUGUAUGAAUGCUCCUCGACUUCAUCUGGAUCUUGUCAUCAAGGCUUAGUUAUUGACGAGUUGGAGGAGUACCUAAGUAAACCCAGAGCCGCUAACUCGAAAGACUUUUUAGAGUGGUGGAGGACGCAUGAGACAGAAUAUCCGACAUUAUCGAAGAUGGCCCGUGAUUUUCUUUUAAUACCAGCAACUUCAGUACCUGCUGAGAGAUUAUUUUCUAAAGCAUCGUUAGUAAUUAGAAAACAUAGAAAUAGGUUAAGUGAUGAGUCAGCCAGAUGGUUACUUUGUAUUAAUUCUUGGUCAAAGGAAUAA